AUGCUGAAAAAUAACCAAAGGAAGUUAAAAGGAUUGAUCUUUUUCUUGUUCAUUUUAAAUUUCUUCCUCGCCCAAAUGAACCAGUGCAUGGUGGCCAAGUGUCACCUCCCGAACGUGAUGAAUAUGUCCACUAAAAGGGGAGGCGAGACGGAAAUUUCAAAGCUGCGCUCAAGGGGGGGUAAAAACGGGAUGUCCAUCUCCCCCCAAUUGGACGAACAAAAAGGAAGAAAAAAGACAAAACGGGUAUUAACCUUCGUGAGUAAUUACACUUUUAGGAGGCAUGGAGGGAUAAAAAACGGAAGGGGAAAAUCUCCCUGUGAAGUGCCAACAACCCGUUGCAACGCAGCUAAAGUGAUGAACAGCUCCGCUAGUGACGUCCAUGCCGGAGUCAACCCAGACGGAGCAAUCAUAACAAGCUCCGCCGAAAUGAUGCAGCACCUGACGUUUGACUUCAAAGAGGAGUGCAACGAAAUCAUGGUGCGGUUGGGAAACUUCCUACAAGUAUCCCCCCAUUUGUUAUUUAAAGACGUCUGUGUAAAUCUGAACAAGCUAUUUACCAACCUGUACACAUAUGACAAUGAGAACGUCCCAUUCGGCACAACACAACAUACACUAAAUAUAACAGACGACGUUAUUAGACACAAUAAGUUUAAAAUUUAUUGCGUCUUAGGAUUAAAGGUCUUAAGAAUUUUUCUCAUCAAAUAUUUGAGGAGCUUAAGAUUAUGUAUCCCGGUAGAAGUACGAAAAAGGUACAUCUUAGAUUUUUUAAAAAUUGAAUACCUCUCCAAAAUAUAUGACAAAAAAUAUAACAUAAUUGACUACCCUACGUUUGGGAAACUAUCAGAUAAACUAAAAGCCAAGCUGAUCUACUUCUACUUAGCCUUAAAACCGCAAGACGUUGCAAAUGUGCUCAUAAAAAUUUUUAAAGCGGCAAACUAUAAGGAUGAAAAUGAACUACUAUACAAGUACGUUUAUACCUCUAAGUUUACCUCCAGAGGGGGGAAAAGAUUUCAUAGAAUUAUAUCGAAGGAAUAUCUGCAAUUAUAUGAAAAAGAUAAACUGGUGAGGAGACACCGUUGUGAGGAUGACUUGUUGUGGGUUCGAUUUUUUUCUCUUCUUAAAUUGCACAACCCGGAGGUCGUGGAAGAGAAGAAGCUCCUCAAGCAGACCUACCGCCUGAUAUUCAGCAAAAGGGGCUUCUCGAAUGACGGGCUGGUCCGCCUCUUUGAGCAGCGUGGCUUUCGCAUCUUUGACGCGAUCCACGUGAACCAGGAUGACGAACCGCAAAUUUCCGACACCACGCCAAACGGGACAAGCACAGAAAACACUCCCGGAGAAUCCAGCACACCCAUUGGGCGCACCAUUCGGGAGAAAGUCCAAAUUGGAGGAAAGAGAAAGGCACAGCUGGUCAGCUACCUGACUAACCUCAAAACAUUUGUCUCCAACUACAUCCACCGUAACAAGAGCAUACACCACAACUUCCAUGUGCUGAAAACCAAUAUGGACGUUCCUAGGGACGCCCUCCACGACGGGACAGUGACUCCCCUCACGAACGUCUUUCACGCUGCUGCGUGUGGCGGUCCAGAUGGGAAUGCCUUCCCUGCUUCCCCCCCGGGGGACGUCGAACUCUACUGUGAAACCUUCAUGAACAACAUGAUCGAUUUGGUCCUAGACAUUAUGAUCGAGGCUGCGGGGUUCCGUGACAUGGCAACCCUCUUCGGGAUAUACAACUCGCUCAAGGGGAGCAAGGACUUUAAGUUGGUUCACUUCAGGGGGAAAUUUUAA